AUGCUCUCAUAACAUAACUUCGAUCAGCGAAUAGUGUUGUCGAGACUUAUCCCCCUAGUGACAGCAUGCGUAGAGUCACAUCCACGUCACAUAUCAUCUCAAACCACUGAAACAACAUCUCGUACCUACAUUACCAUUCUAUUUCAUCCCAUCGCCAUCACCACACCCACCCAACCAAACCAUGGCAUCCUACACCCCCCAAUACUACAGCGCCCCCGCCACCGCGGUCCCCAUCCCCACCAAAGCCGAGCAAUACCAGCAGUACUACCAGCACCACCACCACAACCCCAGCAGCAGCGCGUACUCCGCCUCCCCCACCUCCGAGGACGAGCAGCGCGAGCGCGACGCCUCCGUGACCUCGGGCGUGCCGUCCUACGGUGGCAGCAGCAGCCACGCCGCGAGCUACGCGACCAGCUACGCGAGCGGCGACUACUACGAUGGCAGCAGCGGGGGCGCCGCCGCGGGCAUCGAUAUCAACGAGUACAUGCAGACGCGCUUUGAUGAGAGCUUUGACCCGAUGCCGUUGGAUCGGAGUUUGGCGCGGCAGGCGCAGACUUCCGGCACGCUGAACAACAAGCACCGCGAGCUUUUGGAAAUGCAAGCGGCAGCGCAAGCACGUCUAGCAAAGACGCGAGCCCGCUUCCAGCAGGGUUUGAACGACGCGCGAGAAGUACACGCGGAUCUGGAAUGGACGUCUAAGAAAGUCUCAGCGAUGAAGAAGAAGGCCGAGAAAAAGCACACUAAGGAGUACCAGAAGGCGCGCGAGCGUUACCCAUCACCUGACUACUAAAGGGGGUGAAUGCGUUCUAUUCGCCAGCUUUCGAACUUCUACGCAAAAACGGCUGCUAGCGAUUUCUUAGCCGCAAAAUAAAAGUCCAGGGGACGGUAUAAUAAUACGCAAUGCACGCCAUCUCGCAUCUCGACUUGCCAUUAGCGAGCCCCAGAAUGCGGCGAAA